AUGUCUCUCUCGAACAAGCUCUCAAUCACCGAUGUCGACCUCAAGGGCAAGCGUGUAUUGAUCAGAGUCGACUUCAACGUCCCCCUCGACUCCGACAAGAAAGUCACCAAUACCCAGCGUAUCGCCGGAGCUGUCCCAACAAUCAAAUAUGCCAUUGACAAUGGCGCGAAGGCCGUGGUUCUCAUGUCCCACCUCGGGCGACCUGACGGAAAGGCCAAUCCCAAAUUCUCCCUCAAGCCUGUUGUGCCGGAGCUUGAGAAACUCCUAGGAAAGUCCGUCGAAUUCGCACCAGAUUGCGUUGGGAAGCAGGUUGAGGAAAUCGUCAACAAUGCUAGUGGUGGACAAGUAGUCCUGCUAGAGAACCUGCGGUUCCAUGCCGAAGAGGAGGGAAGCUCUAAGGACGCUGAAGGUAAGAAGGUCAAGGCGGACAAGGCUAAGGUGGAUGAGUUCCGAAAGGGUUUGACAGCGUUGGGAGAUAUCUACAUCAACGAUGCUUUCGGAACUGCACACCGCGCCCAUAGCUCCAUGGUUGGCGUUGACCUGCCUCAAAAGGCCUCUGGAUUCCUCAUGAAGAAGGAGCUCGAAUACUUCGCCAAGGCCCUUGAGAACCCUGAACGUCCUUUCUUGGCCAUCUUGGGAGGAGCCAAGGUCUCAGACAAGAUCCAGCUCAUCGAUAAUCUUCUCGGCAAGGUUAACAGCUUGAUUAUCUGCGGCGGUAUGGCUUUCACAUUCAAGAAAACAUUGGAUAACAUGAAGAUUGGCAACAGUCUGUUUGACGAGGCCGGAAGCAAGACAGUUGGUGCUCUUAUGGAGAAGGCCAAGAAGAAUAACGUCGAGGUCGUUCUUCCCGUUGACUAUAUCACUGCCGACAAGUUUGACAAGGAUGCUAAGACCGGAACGGCUACAGAUGCGGAAGGCAUUCCAGAUGGAUGGAUGGGUCUUGAUUGCGGGCCAAAGAGUAUUGAACUCUUCAAGGACACAAUUAACAAAGCCAAGACCGUCCUCUGGAACGGCCCUCCAGGAGUCUUCGAGUUCGAUGCAUUCACCAAGGGAACCAAGGCUACUCUUGAUGCCGCAGUCGACGCAGCACAGAGUGGCGCGACUGUUAUCAUCGGUGGUGGUGAUACCGCUACCGUUGCUGCUAAAUACAAUGUCGAAGACAAGCUUAGCCAUGUAUCGACGGGCGGUGGAGCGUCUCUCGAGCUCCUCGAAGGCAAGGAACUCCCUGGUGUUACUGCUCUGUCGAGUAAGUAA